AUGAGAGUUGUGGUGUGGAAUUGCCAAAGGGUGGGGAGUCCCUUGACAGUUCCCAGUCUGAGGGAGGUUAACAACCUCUCCUCCCCAAGUAUGUUUUUCUUAAGCGAGACUAAGAACAGGAAGAAUGUGAUAGAUAGAAUAGCUAGACAUCUAAGGUUGGAUCAUAAUGUGACAGUGGAAGCUAUGAAUAGGGCAGGUGGAAUGGCUUUGUUAUGGACUAAGGAAACACAAAUUGUGGAGGUAAACACUACAGCCUUCACUAUAGAAGCCAAAGUGGAAGAUAAUGAGUCCCGGGCUACUUGGUGGUUUAUUGGAGUUUAUGCCAGUUGUGACCAGAGAUUUAGGAAAGAACAAUGGAGGGUGUUAACUGAUAGAAGCAGAUUGUGGGGAUCCAGAUUCUUAAUCACAGGUGACUUUAAUGAUAUUUUGUCCAAUGAUGAAAAAUGGGAGGGUGCGUAUAGGGAGGAGAGGAGUUUUAGGGACUUUAGAGAUUUCAUAGAUUGUAAUAGAUUAGUGGAUAUAGGUUUUGAAGAUACUAAUCCAGGGAUUGGAAGGAAGAAGAAGAGGUUUUAUUUUGAUAAGAGAUGGCUCCACAAAGAGGGGAUUCAGGAAGUGGUGGAGCAGGCUUGGAACAAGGAGGAACAUGGUUCUAAAAUGUUCAAAGUAACUAGGAAGAUUAGAAAUUGCAGAAUCGAACUUUUGAAGUGGAGAAAUAAAGUCCAAUCUAACUCUAGGAGCAAAAUUAAUGAUCUUAAGCAAGAGCUGGAUAGAGUUAGGAACUCAGAUUCAGAUAAGAGAAACGGGGAGGUAAGGGAACUUAAGAAGCAGCUGGCCGAAGCUUAUAAGGAGGAAGAAAUCUUUUGGAGUCAAAAGGCUAGAAUUAGUUGGCUGCGGGAAGGGGAUAAAAAUACUAAGUAUUUUCACUCUUACGUCAAGGGGAGGAGAGUGAGUAAUAAUUUGAGCAAAAUACAAAGAGAGGAUGGGUCUUGGACUAACAAUGAGGAUGAGGUUGUGACUGAAAUUGCUGUCUAUUUUAAGGAGCUGUUCACGAGUGGAGGGAGAGGUGAAAUGACAGAAAUUUUAUCUGGUAUUCCACACUCAAUCACUCAGGAGAUGAAUGAUAAUCUGAUCAAGGAAGUUAGCGAGAAAGAAAUUCAUGAGGCUUUGUUCUCUAUGAAUCCAGAAAAAGCACCAGGUCAUGAUGGAAUGACUCCAUUGUUUUUUCAGAAUUUCUGGAGCUCCAUUAAGAAUGAUAUCAUACCAGCAAUCAAAGCUUUUUUUCACUCAAGUCUCAUGCUUAAGUCUGUGAACCAUACUGUCAUAUCUCUCAUUCCCAAAACUCUGCAUCCAAUCAAUUUGAAAAAUUACAGGCCUAUCAGUCUAUGCAGUGUGAUCUACAAAAUCAUAUCCAAAAUCUUGGCCAAUAGACUGAAGAAUGUUCUAGAUUCUUGCAUAAGCAAAACUCAAUCUGCUUUUAUUCCUGAUAGACAAAUUUUGGAUAAUGUGAUUAUUUCUCAUGAGUAUAUGCAUUAUCUAAAAAACAAAAGACAGGGGAAAGAAGGCUACAUGGCAAUCAAAUUGGACAUGGCAAAGGCCUACGAUAGGGUGGAGUGGCACUUUCUGCUUGCUAUGAUGGAACAAAUGGGAUUCUGUGCUACAUGGAUCAACUGGAUCCAUAGCUGCCUGAAGACAGUGAGUUACUCUUUCAACUAUAACGGGGAAGUCAAAGGUUAUGUGUCCCCAGAGAGGGGAAUCAGGCAGGGGGACCCUUUGUCCCCAUACCUUUUUUUAAUCUGCUCAGAAGGCUUCUCGAACUUGUUGAGAAGAGCUGAGGAAAGCAAACGAAUUGAAGGUCUAAAGAUCAGCAGGCAGGGUCCAGUUCUUACUCACCUUUUUUUUGCUGAUGAUUCUAUCAUCUUUUGUAAAGCAAAUAAGGAAGUGGCAGGGGAGAUUAUGAAAGUCUUGAAAGUAUAUGAAAACUCCUCAGGGCAGUUGGUCAAUUUGGACAAAUCUGCAGUGUUCUUUAGCAAAAACGUGGUCAGCGAGAAGAAGGGGGAAAUCUGUCAAGCUCUGGGAGGAAUGAGAGAGGCAACACAAGGCAAAUACUUGGGGCUCCCAAUGGUUGUCUCAAGAACUAAAGAACAGAUUUUUGGCUUUGUGAGGGACAAUAUAAGGAAAAGAUUCCAGAACUGGAAAAACAGAUUUCUGAGCCCUGCAGGUAAAGAAGUAUUGCUGAAGGCAGUCGCAAUGGCUAUGCCUACGUACAUUAUGUCGUGCUUUAAGCUGCCAAGGAAAUUGUGUAAAGAUGUCUGUGCACUGAUGGCCAAUUUUUGGUGGGGAGAAUCUAAUGGAAAGAACAAAAUACACUGGAUUUCUUGGGAAAGAAUGGCUUGGGAAAAAAAGGCAGGAGGUCUAGGAUUCAAGGACCUUGAAGCUUUUAAUCAAGCUCUGCUAGGAAAGCAAAUGUGGAGGUUAAUUACUAGACCAAAUCUGUUGGUGACCAAAGUGUUAAAAGCUAAAUAUUUUCCAAAGGAGUUCAUCUUACAUUGCAGUCCCACCAAAAAUGCAUCAUGGUUUUGGCAAGGCUUAAUGGGAGCAAGAAGCCUACUCAAUGAAGGACUGAUUAGGAGGAUAGGGAAUGGGCGUAGUACAAGCAUCUGGGAACAUAAGUGGAUUCCAGAUACAACUACAGGUAGGCCGACUACAAGUCGAAGGAACAAUUGUGGGCUGGAAAAGGUGGAAGAGCUCAUAUGUCAUCAAAGAUGGAAUAGGAAUAUCAUCUUCAGAAAUUUUAACAGAGAUGAUGCGCAUAAAAUUCUAGCUAUUCCCUUGGGUCUUUCAGAGAGGGAGGAUAGCUUUUAUUGGCAACCAAAGGCGGGAGGGCAAUACACUGUCAACUCGGGCUACAAUCUCCUAAUGAAGCAAAACAGAAAAAGAAAAAAGGGCAACCCUGAUGGAGCAAGUUCCAGUUAUGCAGAUGGUAGCCCCCAAGUUGUUCAAAUGUGGAACACUCUGUGGAGUUUAAAUAUUAAGCACAAGAUCAAGUUCUUCAUUUGGAAAUGCAUUCAAGGAGCCCUGCCAGUGAAGGAAGCAGUGAGGAGGAGAACGGGACAGGGUGAUCCUACUUGUACAACUUGUGGAACUGCACAGGAAACAGUAGAACACCUCCUGUUGACCUGUCCUCAUUCGAUGAACAUUUGGAAGGCAGCUCCUAUCCAGUGGGAUGGGGCAAAGGACCACCAAGGGAACUUCAAGCGAUGGUGGCUAAGGAUUUCAGAAGCACGGCUUAGACCAGAGGGGUUGGAACACAUUGGUUUAACGGCUAAUAUCCUAUGGCAGGUGUGGAAAGAAAGAAAUAAGAGGGAAUUCGAGAAAUCUGACAUAGUUACACCUUUCAAAACAAUAACAAGAGCACACAAGGAUUGGAUGGAACAGCUGCAGGAAGAGGGCACGACAGUUGGAAAGAGCACAGAAGAAACAGCCCCUAGACAAGAUAUGCAAGAUCAGAACUUUACGAAUGAGGGAGUUGUGAUAAUGGAGAUAGAAACAACAAAGAAAAAAGGACAGCAUACUGUUGGGAUAGGAGUCACAGUUAAGGAAUAUGCAAGGAAUAGAAUGACAAGGUGGUUAAUGAAUGAGAUUAGUUUGGGAAGCAAAGUCCUAGAUGAUGCACUAGCUCUGAAGCUGGCCUUGUGCAAAGCUGUGCAUCGAAACUGGAGUAAGGUGAAGCUGAAGUUUUGUAACAAGGAGCUAUGGAGACAAAUCAAACAGCAGAGCCCUGCGGACAUCAAGAUGGCAACAGUACUGGAAGACAUCUCUAAGUUACAGAGGUUGUUUUGCAUGUGCUCUUUUGACUUAUGUAGACAAGAACAUAUGUUAGUUAGCAAAAAAUUAAGUGAAGAUGCUUUAGGCGUUAUUGUUGAUGAGGAAAGACUGUUUCCUCAGUGUUCUUAG